AUGCAUGCCAGCCAGACCAACCCAUUCAAGAUCAAGCCCAAGACCAAUCUCAAGAGGACCUCAAAUGAAGAAUAUACAACGGAUGACGAGGACUACAAUCUUAAUGAUGAACUUUCAUCAUCCCCAGUUAAGUCCAAAGAUAUACCCAAGACCAAUACAAAGUCCAUGACCAAGACAAACACCAAGGCAAAGACCAAGACCAAGGCCAAGACCAAGUCCAAGACAAAGAACAAGCAUAAACCCUACGCCAACACAAACAAGAUGGUACAAAUUGAUGAUGAAGAUAUUGAUGACUUUGAAACACUUGGAGGUUCACCAGUAUCUGGACAUAACAAGAAGAUAAAGAUAACUAAAUGA